CAGGCUUCCACGAAUGACGAUAAAAUAACACUGUUGAAGUUUUUUGAAGAUCCGAACAGGUUCUUCCAUUAACCAGCAUGUCGGAACUGGAGAUAAUGGUUUGCUCUAUUUUGGACAUCAUGGUCUCCAAAAGUGUGUCCGAAGUGUCUAAUCUUAUCCGCGGUUCUGGAUUAGAUCAAGUUGAGGGCACUCCGGGUGGUACCGAGAACGAACACAAGUCUCUAGACGAGAAGGUGGCAGAGUUCAGCACCUUCAUGGUGUCUUUGGCACAGGGAGUGGUGAAGAACAUCUGUCAGCAGUUGGAGGAGAGUUUGUCGGCUCUGAAGCUGGAAGUGUCACGUGGGACGACUGAGAUCACAUCCCUGAGGAGAAUGCUGAUGGAGACGGAGCUGAAGCUGAUGCUGGAGGCUCCAGGAGGAGUCCAGGAGGUGGUGGAGGUAGGAGGUGCUGAGGAGAGGAGCUGUCCGAUCAGCAGAGAAGAGGAAGAAUCUGUGAGACAGUUAGUUGUGGUCUCAGAUGAAGCGGGAGUGAAGCGGUUACCCAUAAUUCAGCUGUGUGAAGGCAGAAGUUACGAGGACAGCCCCCAGAUCAUUUUAGUGAAAGAGGAGGGGCUUGAUGUCGCAGCCAAUCAGACAGCGGUUGCAUCUGGCAAUGACCCCACCCCUGAUGAUGAUGAUGAUGAUCCUGACUACCAGGUGGAACCAGCAGAUCCAGGUGAUGGUGACUCGACGACCACCACAGAGUCCAGGUCUCAAGCUGGAGUCACAGCGGGAAGCCGGGGUCAGAAGGAGCAGAACCUGAGCUGUAAGCUCUGCCAGAAAACGUUCACCAGUCUGCCGCAGCUCAAAGCCCACAAGGCCGUCCAUGAAGCCACCAUAGAGAAAUCCCUCCACUGCUCCGUGUGUGGGAGAGGCUUUUCGUUGCAGCGCAGCCUCGACACCCACAUGAAGCUGCACACAGGUGAAAGACCUCACGUCUGUGACGUUUGUGGGAAGGGCUUCACAUUGAAGAGUCUCUUGAGGAGCCACCAGCACCUCCACGACGGGGUGCGUUUGUUUCAGUGUGAUCAGUGUGGGAAGAGUUUUCACCGAGCACACGCCCUGAAACUGCACCAGCGGGUCCACACUGGGGAGCGGGGCUACUGCUGCCCAUACUGCACCAAAAGCUUCAGCACGCGAGGUGAACUGUCGCGCCACCUGCGCGUACACUCGGGUGAAAAGCCGUACAAGUGCGAGACGUGCGGCAAAAGCUUCAGCAUACCAGGUAACCUGUCGCGCCACCUGCGCAUUCACACGGGUGAAAAGCCGUACAAGUGCGAGACGUGCGGCAAAAGCUUCAACCAGGCGGAUACCCUGAAAGUUCACGUGCGGAUCCACACGGGUGAAAAGCCGUACAAAUGCGAGACGUGCGGCAAAAGCUUCAACCAGGGAAAUGCCCUGAAAGGCCACAUGCAGAUCCACGCUGCAGUUCGUCCUUUCAGAUGUGAAACCUGCGGCAAAAGCUUCAACCUGGCGAAUACCCUGAAAGUUCACCUGCGCAUACACACGGGUGAAAAGCCAUACAAGUGCGAGACGUGCGGCAAAAGCUUCAACCAGGCGAAUACCCUGAAAAGCCACAUGCGGAUCCACACUGGAGUUCGUCCUUCCAGAUGUGAAACCUGCGGCAAAUGCUUCAUCCAGGACAGCUCCCUGAUGAUGCACCAGGAGGCCACUGACUCGGAGGACACCCUGGCCUGCGUGGCGUGUGGCAUCGUGAUGCCUUGUGUGGAUUCUUUACGCAAACACCUCCACACACACGCGGACAUUCCCUGCACAUGUGAGCCCUGUGGUGUCCAGCUCAGCUCCAUCACCAAACUGCAAGCGCACCAGCAGCACCACUCGGUGGACCGGCCUCACAGCUGCAGCACCUGUGGGAAAAGCUUCACGUCAUCCAGCUACCUGAAGGUCCACCUGAAGUCGCACAGCGGCGAGAAGCCAUUCAGCUGUGACAUCUGUGGUCACAGGUUCACGCAGCACAGCAGCCUGAAGUCCCAUCAGGCGAUCCACACCGGAGAGAAACCGUUCAUCUGCCCCACGUGUGGAAAAGGGUUCAACAAUGCGGGCAACCUGAGCAGACACAAGCGCAUCCACACAGGUGAGAAGCCAUACAGCUGCGACACCUGCGGGCGCCGCUUCAACCAGGGCAACAGCCUGAAGGCUCACCAGCAGAUCCACACCGGAGAGAAGCCCUACAUGUGUGACAAAUGUGGGAAGAGCUUCUCCUACCUGAGGAACUUGAAGGACCACAAGUGUUUCUAUGUGUGGUCGCUGGGAGCUGAUGUCCAGCAGUCAUCUAAGGACACCCUGGACAGCAAGGCGACCCUGCAGCUCGCAGAUGAACUUAUUCAUCCUUUUGUUAAUUCUGUAAGUUUUUCAGGGUUUCCAGGAGCAAAUCUGAACUCUUGUUCAAGAGUAAGUGCAGACAGGAACAGAGACGGUGCUGAGGGGCAGAAAACCACUUCAGAGAGAGCAGGUGAGCCCCUGGUGUCUGAGACACUGGAACAGGUGCUCCCCUGCAACGCUCUUCUGGACACUGGCUACACCCUCAUGUGCCAGUCUAUUUUCAACCGCCUUUGCCUUGCUGCGGGGGGAGGAGUUCGGCCUCCAGAACUCACUUCUUGUGCAGCAGCUGUCCGUGUUUUCUCUCCUUGUAACAAUCUUGUCAUCCACGUCUCUUCUCCACUUUACGAUCGGUCCUAUGUUGACACACCCCGUGUACGUCUCGCCUUGAAGCUUUUGUCAAUCUGGAAUGGGGGGAACUUUGGGCAUGUGUUGAAGACCCCCUGCCCUUUGUUUUGCCUCCUGACCUUGACCUUCACUGCUUUGCGGUUGGAGACUGAGCAUGGGGAAACCACAUGCUCCCUGCCGAGCUCAGAGCCUCCACCACCACUACCACAGCUUCCAUCAGAGCCGCACUCUGAUGUUUUAUCUCACAUUGUACAGGUCGUGGACAAUGAAGUUGAGCGAGACAAGCUACAGCAGCUUCUGUUAAAAUACAAGGACUCUCUUUCAGUCGACUCCUUGGACUUUGGGCUAACCACUAUCCGUGAGGUCAGGAUUCCUACACCGCCACAUGCAGCGCCGACUUAUGUGCGUCAAUACAAGAUUCCCCUGGCGUCCCAUGGACAGGUCCAGGAAAUGGUUGACAGCCUCUUGGUGGCCGAUGACGUGCCUGAAACAAGAACUUCCGAAGAAAGGCCGCUGCAGAGCGGUACCCUCAUCAAUCUCAAUGACAUUCUUGUUCAUAAGCGUACCUUGGAUGACCACCUCUCCGAGCUGGACCACGUCAUGGGUCAGCUCACGGCUGCUGGUGCAAAGAUUUCUCUCGUCUGUGGUGCAGGUGUGUGCAACUACUCUCGCCAGUUCGUAGAACGCUACGCUGAGAUGGCGAGACCUCUGACUGCCCUGCUGAAAAAGAGUGUGCCUUUCGAAGCUUCGACAUUGAAGUACGCUACGUGCUUCUCAGUUUCACUUGUCAUCUACCUUCUUGGAAAACGACAUCACAUGACAUGCAGAUCUAUUGGCGUAAGAUCCGAACAGGUUCUUCCAUUAACCAGCAUGUCGGAACUGGAGAUAAUGGUUUGCUCUAUUUUGGACAUCAUGGUCUCCAAAAGUGUGUCCGAAGUGUCUAAACUUAUCCGCGGUUCUGGAUUAGAUCAAGUUGAGGGCACUCCGGGUGGUACCGAGAACGAACACAAGUCUCUAGACGAGAAGGUGGCAGAGUUCAGCACCUUCAUGGUGUCUUUGGCACAGGGAGUGGUGAAGAACAUCUGUCAGCAGUUGGAGGAGAGUUUGUCGGCUCUGAAGCUGGAAGUGUCACGUGGGACGACUGAGAUCACAUCCCUGAGGAGAAUGCUGAUGGAGACGGAGCUGAAGCUGAUGCUGGAGGCUCCAGGAGGAGUCCAGGAGGUGGUGGAGGUAGGAGGUGCUGAGGAGAGGAGCUGUCCGAUCAGCAGAGAAGAGGAAGAAUCUGUGAGACAGUUAGUUGUGGUCUCAGAUGAAGCGGGAGUGAAGCGGUUACCCAUAAUUCAGCUGUGUGAAGGCAGAAGUUACGAGGACAGCCCCCAGAUCAUUUUAGUGAAAGAGGAGGGGCUUGAUGUCGCAGCCAAUCAGACAGCGGUUGCAUCUGGCAAUGACCCCGCCCCUAAUGAUGAUGAUGAUGAUGAUCCUGACUACCAGGUGGAACCAGCAGAUCCAGGUGAUGGUGACUCGACGACCACCACAGAGUCCAGGUCUCAAGCUGGAGUCACAGUGGGAAGCCGGGGUCAGAAGGAGCAGAACCUGAGCUGUAAGCUCUGCCAGAAAACGUUCACCAGUCUGCCGCAGCUCAAAGCCCACAAGGCCGUCCAUGAAGCCACCAUAGAGAAAUCCCUCCACUGCUCCGUGUGUGGGAGAGGCUUUUCGUUGCAGCGCAGCCUCGACACCCACAUGAAGCUGCACACAGGUGAAAGACCUCACGUCUGUGACGUUUGUGGGAAGGGCUUCACAUUGAAGAGUCUCUUGAGGAGCCACCAGCACCUCCACGACGGGGUGCGUUUGUUUCAGUGUGAUCAGUGUGGGAAGAGUUUUCACCGAGCACACGCCCUGAAACUGCACCAGCGGGUCCACACUGGGGAGCGGGGCUACUGCUGCCCAUACUGCACCAAAAGCUUCAGCAUACCAGGUAACCUGUCGCGCCACCUGCGCAUACACACGGGUGAAAAGCCGUACAAGUGCGAGACGUGCGGCAAAAGCUUCAACCAGGCGAAUACCCUGAAAAGCCACAUGCGGAUCCACACUGGAGUUCGUCCUUUCACAUGUGAAACCUGCGGCAAAUGCUUCAUCCAGAAGAGCUCCCUGAUGAUGCACCAGAAGGCCACUCACUCAGUGGACACCCUGGCCUGCGUGGCGUGUGGCAUCGUGAUGCCUUGUGUGGAUUCUUUACGCAAACACCUCCACACACACACGGACAUUCCCUGCACAUGUGAGCCCUGUGGUGUCCAGCUCAGCUCCAUCACCAAACUGCAAGCGCACCAGCAGCACCACUCGGUGGACCGGCCUCACAGCUGCAGCACCUGUGGGAAAAGCUUCACGUCAUCCAGCUACCUGAAGGUCCACCUGAAGUCGCACAGCGGCGAGAAGCCAUUCAGCUGUGACAUCUGUGGUCACAGGUUCACGCAGCACAGCAGCCUGAAGUCUCAUCAGGCGAUCCACACCGGAGAGAAACCGUUCAUCUGCCCCACGUGUGGAAAAGGGUUCAACAAUGCGGGCAACCUGAGCAGACACAAGCGCAUCCACACAGGUGAGAAGCCAUACAGCUGCGACACCUGCGGGCGCCGCUUCAACCAGGGCAACAGCCUGAAGGCUCACCAGCAGAUCCACACCGGAGAGAAGCCCUUCAUGUGUGACAAAUGUGGGAAGAGCUUCUCCUACCUGAGGAACUUGAAGGACCACAAGUGUUUCUAUGUGUGAGGAGAAUCUGGGGUGUGGUGGAGGUCCACCCACCCCCCCAUCACCUGAACUGCUUAUGCUAUCAGGGUCGCUGGGAGCUGAUGUCCAGCAGUCAUCUAAGGACACCCUGGACAGGUCUCCAGUUCAUCACAGGGACACACAACUAGCACCAGCAUGCAUGCUUUAGGUCUGUUGGUGGGAUUUGAACCACAAACCUUGCAGCAAGGCGACCCUGCAGCUCGCAGAUGAACUUAUUCAUCCUUUUGUUAAUUCUGUAAGUUUAUCAGGGUGAGAAAUGUCGACUGACACAUGAAAUGUUGAGGUUUCUGAGCUCUGACCGGCUGACGUGAUUCUGUCUGACCUUUAACCUGAGAUCAGAAGUCUGGAUCUAGGCGAGCAUCAGCUGAUGUGAUAAAUACAAAAACUGUUCAGAUUCUGUUUCCCCCAAAAAAUAUCAAAGGUUUUAUUUCUGGAGUUUAUUUGGGAACAUAAUAAAACAGUUUUGAGAACAGAAGAGCUGUUCUGCUCUG